GAAGAUGCGCAGUGUCCAGUUUGUAAAAGUGAUAAAUACUUGACACCCAAUUUGAAGUUAUUAGUAUCACCUUGUUUUCAUAAAAUGUGUGAAUCAUGUAUUGAACGACUUUUUGGUUCUGGACCAGCUCCUUGUCCAAUUUGUCACUUAGUAUUACGAAAAAACCAAUUCAUGUCUCAAAUCUUUGAAGAUCUUGCUGUAGAAAAGGAAGUGAGGAUACGAAAACGGGUGGCAAAAGUGUUCAACAAAAGACCAGAGGACUUUCCAAGUUUGCGAUUAUAUAAUGAUUAUUUAGAAGAAGUGGAAGAUAUUAGUAAGUUAUACAUGAUAUAG